CUCCUUCAAAAGUAACUUUCGCUUAACAUCCUAUUGUUUUCCUGCCACUGUAGUUGAAUGCUAGCAUUCAUUUGGUAUGACGAAAUGCAGUUAGGAUGGAGGAAAAAAAAGUGCAUUUCUGAUAUCGUACUCGUUGAAUGAAAAGUGACCUCGUAUCAGAUAUUUCAAAAUACUAUAAUUUUGUAUUUUUUUUUAAAAUUAGUUCCUUUCAUUGCUUCGUUCGAGAAAGAGAGUGUUUCAGUAAUGUCCAAUAAUGGAUCGGAGUUAUUCAGUUUUAAAUUUCCUUCUACAUUUAUGUUCCGAGAUAAGGAAAUAUCAGUUAAAAAUGCAAAGUGGUACCUUUUCUAUAUUUUAUUUGGCAUUAGCCUGGUAGCUUUGCUUUGUAUUAUUUUAUACGUUGAAGUUUACAUAAAUAGUUUUUUAAUAAGAGUGGAUUGUAAUCCUGAUCUGCCGUUGAAUUAUGAAAAAUGCCUAAAUAGAGGAUGCAUAUGGGUUCAAAGAACAGAAGAAUCACAACCCUUAUGCUUUUAUCCCGAUGGUUAUGGUUACAAAUAUCAAGAAGUUCGAAAAACAUCAAAUGGAUAUCAUGUGGAUCUUGAACGUACGACAGAAAUUAAAAUGUUUGGUGACGAAGUUGAUUCAAUCAGUCUUCAAGUGUACUUUGAAACUGAAAAGCGACUCCGAUUGAAGUUUGCUGAUAAAGCAAAGCAAAGAAAAGAUUUGAAGUGCCUAUAGAAGUCCCUUUACCUCCUGCACAAUCACCAGACAAUGUUGAUUAUUCUAUUGAUUUUGUAAAUGAUCUCCAAUUUGGUAUUAUGGUUAAAAGAAACAAUACAGGAAA